AGCGGCCGGGCCGGGGCAGGUGGAGCCUUUUUCCUCCAGGAUGGCGUCGAGGCUGGUUCCAAAAGUGAAUUCCAAACAGGGAGGAUCUCCAUGCAGGGAGAAGCAGGUGGCUCUGCUCAGCCCCCUGGGCAGGAUGGAGAUCUCGGGGUGUGAGUCGGGCGUACAUGAAAUCAAACUUCCCAAAACGAGCCUGCUGCCAAGUGGGGCAGAGCCCUGGGCGGCUUGCGAGGUGUGCGAGGGGGCCGAGGAGAUGCCGGAGCCCCUGCAGCAGUGCACGGCCUGGCUCCGAGCCUACUUCUGUGAGCCAGCGACCACAGAGACCCUGCCCGUGCCAGCCUUCCACCACCCCCUGCUCCAGAGAGAUUCCUUCACCAGGCAGGUGCUGUGGACCCUGCUGAAGGAUGUCAAGUUUGGGGAGGCAGUUUCCUACAAGCAGCUGGCAGAUCUUGCUGGCAACAGCCGGGCAGCCCGAGCCGUGGGGGGAGCCAUGAGGAGCAACCCGAUCCCCAUCCUCAUCCCGUGCCACAGGGUGAUCCGCAGCAGCGGGGCCAGCGGGAACUACGGCGGGGGCCGGCGGAUGAAGGAGUGGCUGCUGUCCCACGAGAAGCUGCAGAAGGAGAAGCUGGCGCUAAGCAGCCACGGCUCCCUGGCUCGUAACGAGCUCUCAGAGCACCCAGCAGAAUCCAGGGAAAUGGUAAAUAUUUGAGUGACACAUAAAUAUAAUGCAACAUCCAAAGUGAAAUGCGUGGUGGCACCACUAUAUUAAAAAAGCGGGAUGCGUCCUGGGGGAGGCAGCUCGGCUGCCCUUUCUUGUUU